CUGUGUAAUCCGGACGAACUGUUGACGGCCCUGAAAAGCGUCCAUAUCCAACGUGAGCUCUCAGCCCCUGUUACUGGCAUUGAUUGUACCGAGUCCACGCAACCUCCGUCUUCUGCGGCUUCCACUGCUGGCUCUUUAUCUCCCCGCAAGACGUCUGCUCCUGCAGUCAUACCUGCCGGACGCGCGCUCAAGCCUAGGGGUGCCCAGUCCAUUUCAGAAGUCCUGCUGACUGGGUCUUCAGGCAAUGUUGGCGUGCAGGAGCUCGACCUCGGGAAUGUAAACCUGCUGUCAGUCGACCGUCAAACCCCUGUCUCCACGAAUUCUACCGGUACUUCACCACUACAUGGAGGGCGUGGUCUGUCUUCCUCAUCCACUUCCGGUCGACUGCCUCUCGUGCCGGAGGUUGAUUCGCCGAGUAUAGCAGAUGAGGGGAGAACAGUCGGCUCCUCGCGCCACAGCGCGCACCCCCGGCCCUCGUCUAACCACCCCUCUCGCGAACCCCCGCGUGCCCGUUCUGUGUCUUCAAGCUGCGAUGAUGUCGCGCUCUCUUCCACUGACGAUCAGUCUGACUAUGACUGCCGGCCAAAGCAGGUCAAUAAGCCUCUUGCAUUUGAAGUGUCAUUCAGUCCGGCACCCGCUGCCCCACGAUCCCGCAACCCGCCUGCACGUCUUCUGACACGGACGCCGGCCACCAGUAAGUCGUCUCUGUCACAGACACCUUCGCUGGUCUUGACACGUGAAAAGAACUCUUUCCGUCCUGCUCCCAAUUCGGCCGUAAGGGCUUCUGUCAAUGCAGAAGUCGCAUCCGCAACAACAUCGGAUUUCAAGGUGCCCGGUCCGAUUAAGGCCAAACCAGUAGCCGUCGCUUCGAACGGAAAGUGGGUGAGUUGCUUUUUUCCGGAUUAUGACUAUAUUCUACUGUGUUCAGCAAUCGCUUUAUGCGUCUUGGAGUACGUAUUCGGUAUGGCUAUUGAUGCUCUUUUGUCGUAG